CGCACUUCCCGGAAGAGCCGCGGGGACACAGGCCCCAUCGCUACAACAGAACUGCAUACAGAAGCACUUACUGAUAAUACUGCUCUGUUUGGAUGUCAGUUUCAUGGAGUACCGCCGCUAACACAUAUGGAGUGUCAAGAGGAAAAGCCAAUCAUCUAUACCAUGGAGAACAAGCCGAUUGUAACAUGUGCUGGAGAUCAGGGCUUGUUCACGUCUCUGUAUACGUCUUUGGCUCAGCAACUUCCCAGGGAGCCGAUGGAGUGGAGGAGGACUUACGGCCGAGCACCAAAAAUGAUCCACCUUGAAGCUAAUUUUGUUCAGUUUAAAGAUGAGCUGCUCCCCAAGGAGGGCAACAAGGCUCUGCUCACCUUCCCCUUCCUGCACAUCUACUGGACGGACUGCUGUGAUACGGAGGUGUAUAAGAGCACGGUGAAGGAGGACAUGAUGCGCUGGCAGAACAGCCUGAGGACCCACGGCUCGGCAGACUGGGUCAUCAUCGUCGUGGAGACCAACGAUACCAAGAAGAAGAACAAGACGAACAUCCUGCCUCGGUCGUCCAUCGUGGACAAGAUCCGCAGCGACUUCUGCAACAAGCAGAACGACAGGUGCGUGGUUCUGUCGGAUCCUCUCAAGGACUCGUCUCGGUCUCAGGAAUCCUGGAAUUCCUUACUCCUCAAGCUGCGGACUCUCCUCCUCAUGUCCUUCACCAAGAACCUGGGCCGCUUCGAAGACGACAUGCGGACGCUCCGAGAGAAGCGAACCCAGCCUGGAUGGAGCUUCUGUGAAUACUUCAUGGUCCAGGAGGAGCUGGCCUUUGUUUUUGAGAUGCUGCAGCAGUUUGAGGAUGCCUUGGUCCAGUAUGAUGAACUAGAUGCUCUUUUUACCCAGUACGUCCUUAACUUUGGAGCUGGAGACACGGCGAACUGGCUCGGCUCGUUCUGCGCUCCGGUGCGGAGCUGGAGCGGUUUGCUGCUUCGGCGGCCCAUCGACAUGGAGAAGCGGGAUGGGAUCCAGCGUGGAGAGGCCAGCCUGCUGGACCUGAGGAGCUACCUGUUCUCUCGCCAGUGCACUUUACUCAUCUUCCUCCAGAGACCCUGGGAAGUCACCCAGAGAGCUCUGGAGCUGCUCCACAACUGUGUCCAGGAGCUACGACUGCUGGAGGUGUCGGUGCUCGAUGGAGCUCUGGACUGUUGGGUGUUUCUCAGCUGCCUGGAGGUUCUGCACAGGAUCGAGGGCUGCUGUGAUCAGGCCCAGUUAGCUGCCAACUGCUCCCAUACUGUCGGCCUCUGGGCUUACGCUACAGACAAGCUGAAGUGUCUGGGGGAACUCUGUGGCCUGGUGUCAGAGAAGGGACCCACAUCUGAGGACCUGAACAGGACCGUGGAUCUGCUGGCCGGACUGGGAGACGAGAGGCCAGAGACUGUCAACAGUUUGCAGAGCCCGUACAAGAAGCUGAAAGAAGCUUUGUCGUCUGUAGAAGCUUUUGAAAGGCACUACCUUGAACUCUCUCAUGCUGCUAUGGAAAUGUACCGCGCCAUCAGCCGGCUGAGGUCUGCCCGUCUGGUGGGAAAAAGCCUGGCUGAGUUCUACAUGAGGAAGGGGGACCCCGAGCGAGCAGAAAGCUUUCUGCAGGAAGCUCUAAAGUCUUACGUGUCAGAGGGCUGGAGCCUCCCCGUGACUCACACCAGGAGACAGAUCGCCGAGUGUCAGAAGCUGCUGGGCAGAACUGAAGACUACUUGCAGACCAGUGCCUUGUUGGCAGGUGAUUUGAAUCUGACCACGGAGGAGAGGAAGCACUUUUGUCAGGAAAUUCUGAGCUUUGCUGGAAAGACUGGAGACAAGUCCCACAAAGUUUCUCUGAGCAUGAGUGUUUUCACUCAGCUCACACGGCUCCAGUUCCAUCCAGCGACGGCCUCGGUGCACUCUGGAGCCAUCCUGCAGGUGGAGCUCACGCUGCGAUGUCUGAUGCCCGUGUCGGUGCGCGUCCAGCAGCUAGCUGCUAGCAUUCACUUUGACGUGGAUCACGGAGGGACUCACGGACGAUCUAAGGGAGCUCAGAGACAAACGAAUCCAGGGACAGUAGAGUUUAUCCAGAGUAGCUCCUCAGCAGGGCCUCCCUCCUCCUCCAACGCCGGCCCUUCGUUAGAGCUGGAUGAGAUUCAGGACAGGAGUCCUUCGGACAAUUCUCUCAACUCUACAGGAGUGGUUUGUAAAAACACUCACCUGGUCAUGCGUCGCCAUGACAGCAGUUCACCACCGGAUACGCCGAACUGUGUCAGCCCUCCUACUGUCACCAUGAAGGAAGGAGCCCAGAUGCUGAAGGUGCAGGAUGUAACGUUAGAGCCUGGAAACAACAGCAUCACAUUCACGGCACCAAGUGGACAACCAGGUACGUACACGUUACGUCAGCUCUGCGCCACAGUUGGGGAGGUGCAGUUUGUCCUGCCUCAUAUCUACCCGUCGGUCCAGUAUGAAGUGUAUUCUCAGGAGCCCCAGCUCACCGUGGAGCCUCUCUCAGAGCCGCUGUUAGCCGGCCUGCCUCAGAUGGUGAAGUUUACUCUGCUGACGGGUCACUACGCUGUGAAGAAGGGAGACGCUCUGCAGCUCAGCAACACCGACACCAUGCCCAUCCUGCCCUCCAGCAGCUGCAGCGCCCGCAUCAGCAGCCCCACCGCCGAGCUGGUGGGUGAGAGCGUCCUGUCCAUCCAGUCGUCUGAGAAGGUGACCAGCAUCUCCCUCCCUCCCACUCCUCCCUACCACACUCUGGAGUUCCAGCUGGAGGUUCUGUGCAUCAUCCCGUCCGGGUCGGAGCGGCCCGCCAACGAGAGGCUGACCAACGGGGAGGUGCGCCAUCGACCACGAAGCUACAGCCAUCCUGACACGCCCAUGACCGCCAUCGACCAGAGGAUGUCUAUCGACUGUCCGUGGUCGAUCUACUCCACGCUGCUCGCCCUCACCUUCUACAUCCCCUUCAAGACCAAACACUCGCUGCUUUCUGCUGGGAACAGGAAGUACGUCCAGGUGUGUGUGCAGAACGUGUCGGACGUGAACUUUACGCUGGCAGAAGUGAAGCUGACAGAGAAGCAACAUGCAUCGCUGGAGCUACAAUCCCUCAACACUAAAACACAGCAGCUCCUGUGCAGUAAGCACAGUGUGUUCUGUCUGUGGGAGGUGAGGUGGAAGGAUGACCUGCCCUCCUGUCUCCAGUGUGUUUUCUCUGCCAACUUUUCUCCUCUCAACCAAGACGUCUCCGCCUUCAAACCCUUCCACUACCAGUUCCAGUUCGAGAGAGUCACUACGUUGUACAGUGUGAGAGCAGAGAUCCUUCCUCCCACCGGUGAGCAGCACUGUCGCUCAGGUUUCCUCUGCGGACUGGAGGUCUGCAUAACACGACUGACUGAGCCAGCAGAGGGAGAGCUGGCAGAGGACAGCAAGACCGACACCGAUGGCCUCAAAACCACCAAACUCAUGUAUGAAGUGGCUGACAGCAGCAGUAACUGGGCGGUGUGUGGGAAGAGCUCAGGGAUGGUGUCCAUGCCCAUGACGGCCAAUGCCACCCACAAGGUGCAGAUCGAGGUGAUGCCGCUGUUCGCAGGACAUCUGCCCUUCCCCAAGAUCAAGGUGCUGAAGUACCUGCCUCACACCGCAGCCGUGGCCAUUCAGCCGGACCCCGACAGCUGCGUGGAGAACGACAGUCUGUCCCUGCUGGACAAGACGCUGGACGACCAGGCCGACACGGCGAGCAUCCGUAGCCGGGGCAGCGUCCACUCGGUGGGCAGCGGCGACCAGCAGCAGAAGGGCGUGGCCAUGCCCCGCUUGGAGCCCUUCAGCCCCGGACAGGUGUUCAACCACACCCAGGCCCGCCAGGUGCUGGUGCUGCCCUCCACCGACGACCACAUCAUGGAGGUCAACGCCACAUGACCCUGGUGGCCACAUCGGCCCAACCCCUGUAGUCGGACUGAACCCGGGCCCCGGGUGGACUCUAAGGAGCUCUGGGGCCGAGCGGGUCCAUGAGUCCGCUAUGGACUCAGCCCUUAAAGCAUGAAACGUUCACAUCACUGGAGACGUUACGGACUGAGACGGUGACGAUCCAAUGACAUCUGCUGAUAAAUUUAAAUAAAGAGUUUUCUUUGCCAUACUUUGUACAUAGCUCAUUGAAUGGAUUUAUAGCUAUAAAUAUAUAAAUAUAUAUAUGGACUGAUCGAUCGGAUCGGCGCCUGAAGAAAAACACUCCUGAUUGUCCCGUUGAUGCACCAAAGCCCCGGAUGUGUGUCCGCCUCCAUCAGCUGCUCCAGUACUCUAACUCUGAGUGUCCAGCUGGAAGCUCUGAGCCUCUGCAGGCACGUUUAGAACUGAGACUUCAACGAAACACGCUGCUGUUUUAAUGUGAAAACCAGACAAACGUCACUGCAGCUUCUUACUAGGGCAUCCUGAGAGGGUUUUCUGUCCUGCCAGUGCAACAAAGAAACAUCCAGGUGUACGUUGAAGUAGGAUUUUAAUUCAGAGAGACGACAGGGAAGAAACCAGUGCACCAUCUGGUCGUCUUCUCUGCUGAGUUUCUGCAAUUUGUUGCCUGAAAAUGAUCCGUAGAACCUCAGCGUGUUCUUCCCCGCACAGAUGUAGGACGGAGAACAGAUCAGAGCUCUGAGGUGCUGCAGUGAAGAAAUGAGCAGAUUGUCUCAUGUAAGAAACCGUGGUGGUUUAGUCUUAGAAGUGAGAUCGUUAAUGACCCUCUUCAACACACAAACCGUCCUGAAAGGUGAAAUAAUGUGCAGCGUCGUCCUGGAAUAUCGCCGUUUUCAGGCACUUCAAGUUGUAAUGUCGUCGUGUGCGGUGGAGUCGCCUUCUUUUGCAGUUUUUAACCGUAUAAAAGGAGCUCAAAAUGGAUCUUUCUACUUUUAAACUAAUGUUGGUGCUCAUUAAUCACACGCUCUGUCCAAAGUUUAUACGAUUUCCUCACUGAUGAAUAGAAUCACUUCAUUUUCGGCCUUUUUUUACUUGACAAAAAUAAAAUGAUUAGCGGUAACAUUUUAAAAAAAAAAGUGGUGGAGUUCCCGUGACACCCUGGUGAAGAUGUAUGUUGCUCUACAGUUUUUUUUAAAGGUAUUUUUGCACUUGCAGGACAGAAAAGUAAAAGUGAACCUCUCAGAUAUGAAGCCAGCGCUGCCUGGAGAGGCUCGGCCGAGUGUAGCGGUGUGUGUCGUGUUUCUGUCCAGCUGUAGUUGUGUGUGAUUCUUCUCCUCGAGGAUCGGCACGUCGUUGUCUUCUCUGUCGUCGGUGGAUUGUUCAUGCUGUGUACCGAGUGUGCAUAUUUAUUUUGUGUGUGUGUUUGGGGUGUGUGUGCGUCGCCAAAUCCCUGUCCGAGCUAUGCACACAUACCGCUGAAUGGAUGAAUGAAGUAAAUUAGUGGAUUUAUUCCUUCAUUUUUUGAGGAUGAAUGUCGCUAACCCCCUCCUCCUCCACCACCACCACCAGCCCUCCUGUCCUCCCCCCGGUGCAGACACACAGCCUCCUCUUCCUCCUCCUCCUCUGUACAUACUGAUGUGUAAAUAAUGAUUGAAAUAAAAAUCAUCUUUGAUUGCCAACUAUAUUAAAAAAAAAAAUCAUUGGAAGUGA